CUUGCAUUAUUAUUCUCCACAAAACACAUAAUCAUGGGGAAGGUAAUUGCAAGCUUGUGCAUGGCUUUGCUGGUCUUCUUCAUUGCUAAAGCCAAUUCUCAAAGUGCUUCCAAUGUCAGAGCAACCUAUCAUGUCUACAAUCCUCAACAAAAUAACUGGGACUUGACUGCUGUGAGUGCCUUCUGCGCAACGUGGGACGCAAGCAAGCCUCUCGAGUGGCGCCGGAAGUAUGGGUGGACGGCCUUCUGUGGACCCGCCGGACCUCAAGGACAAGCUGCUUGUGGCAAGUGCUUAAGUGUGACUAAUACUGGAACAGGAGAUAGAGUGACAGUGAGAAUUGUUGAUCAGUGCAGCAAUGGAGGUUUGGACUUGGAAGAAGGUGUUUUCCGACAGAUAGACAGCAACGGACAAGGCAUUGCUCGAGGCCACCUUAUUGUGAACUACCAGUUUGUGGAUUGUGGUGAUUGAAUUAACUACUACAUAUAUUAUACGUAGAAAAAGCAAAUGAAUCUUGAAUUUCCUGAAUAAGAAAGCUUGCUGAUUGUAAUCUCAAGUUCUUGAGUGAUAAUAAAGAUGGUUAUUAAUCUAUUAUGAAAA